UAAGGUACAAGCUUAGAGCCUUGCGUCACUCUGGUAUGCUAAUUACUUCGUUGUACGACUCUGGAACGGUAGUCGCUUAGUGCGACAGCACUAUGGGAUGCAAAGAAGCUUCGUCACCCUUCUUUAGUUGCUUCUACUUUUUUAAAAAAGAUUGGGUUGGUGUUCAGUGUACCGCUUGUGUAGCCUAUGCGCGGGUACAAGAUCGAAAAGAAUGCGUUGCAUGGAAAAGUGAGAUGUCCAAGAUAUUAAGAACGAGGGGAAGAAUCGACGAGGAAUCUAGACUAGAGAGGAAUAUAGAACAUCAAAUCGUGAAUGAAAAAUAAAAAGCGUGAGGAGAAUGAUCAACUCGAUAUGUUAGAAGGUGCAAAACUAAUAGGGGCUGGAGCUGCUACAAUUGCUUCAGCGGGAGCUGCUAUCGGUAUUGGAAACGUCCUUAGUUCCUCGAUUCAUUCCGUGGCUCGGAAUCCAUCAUUGGCUAAACAAUCAUUUGGUUAUGCCAUUUUGGGCUUUGCUCUAACCGAAGCUAUUGCAUCGUUUGCCCCAAUGAUGGCCUUUCUGAUCUCAUCCGUAUUCCGAUCAAAGAAUCAAAGAAAGAAGGUUUCAGUUUCAUAAAGCAAGCACCUCUUUCCAGCCUUAGUCAAAUAGCCACCGAGGCAAGGGGGCGCAGUUCUUAAACAGAAGAAUGGCGAUAAAGAGGAAAUGAUUCAAAUUCAAGAAAAAAAGAGUCGAAUUGUAAGUCAAGUAA